UGAUAACAUUAUCCACUCCGAGCGGAAGAGCUAAGCUGCUGCCAUGGCAAAGCUUCUCAUCUCCAACACAGCCUCACUCGCUCUCUCUCCUCCACCACCCGCCCCACCAUCACGUGCUUCAUUCAUCCCUCCGCGCGUGCCCAUCUCGCCGGCGUCACGGUAUCCCGGCCGGCAAACCAGAGGCCUAGCAGUGGUGACACGUGCGGGGCCCACCACGAGCCAGUACGUGUUCGCAUUCGUUUUGCCGCUCUCUCUGAUCGCCGUCACCGUUUUCACCUCCAUCAGAGUCGCCGAUAAGCUCGACAGAGACUUCCUUGAAGAGAUGGCAAUCAACCAAGCGAUCAGGGAAACGGAUGAGGAUGGCGAAGCUGACAGUUCGAUAGAAGAAAUGCCUGCACUUCCCCGUACCCGCAACCGGCCCAAAAGGGAAGUCUAGGCUUCGGUUUCUUGCUCGUUAAGGUUUAGUUUUGUGGUUAGAUCAGGCUGCGGCCGUGCAUUAUGAAUCUGUCAAUGUACCGGAAGGAAAGAGAUCGAGGGACUGUUGACAUUUUUUUGACAAUUUUGUAUGUCAAAUGCAUGUUAACAUUAGAAUGUUGUGCCUAGCGCCCCUCGGGAAUAAGAGCGAACGGCGAUCUCGAUGGUUUAAUUCCGGUGAAUGUAUGCGUUGUGUAUUUUGUAUGUAGAAAAAGAAAUAUGGAAUGAACAUACAUCAUUUGUACAA